AUGACAGUGGUACCACCACCAAACUUCAGUGAUUCUAAUUGUCCUCCUCUGCCGCACUUUCAGCUGGAUCUGUGUGAGAAACUUGAGGGGCCCAGAUUGUCUUUGUUGAGUAAGAGUGGAAUCUGGCUGAAAAUCUAUUCCCGUUGUUUUCAACCAAAAAGGACAAUUUGGGCAAUGAAGUCUGAACAAACAGAAACUGUUUCCUUGGGCUGUGCUGCUCUACAUGAUAGAAAGCCUGGGUACUGGAAGAAAGAAUACAUCUUCAAACAAAUAGCUGCUGUCAAAACUAGAGUAAUGCGACUUGUUAAACCUGUAGAUCCUUACACAGGUCUUCCAUGUAAAAACAAAGAAGCUAUGAAAGCCUCUGGCUUGAGUUGGAUAAUUGUUUUAAAGGACAAAAAUGGAAAGGAACAUGUAAUGGAGAAGGCAAACCUAUCAUUUAAGGACACAUCUGUCACUAUACUUUGGUAUAGUACAAGUUGGCCAUGCUUAGACACCUUGUCAACUCUAAAACUAUUUGGAGUUACACCAUUGCUUCCUGUCCAAAGCAGAGCUCCCAGCAAGAAUGGACCUCGUCGAUGUUCCUUAAUUGCUGAAUACCAUCUUGCUAACAUGACUGGAACUAGUGCAGCAGUUGGUGCUGAUAAGCUUGUCCAGCUCUUUAGCCUGAAUCCAGGACUCUUAGUAGGGCUUUGGAAGGAGAAAAAUGAAAUUGCUUUUGUUAUGGCAAGUCUUCAUUAUCACCAACUUCUUGAGAGAAGCACUUUGGGUUCUGCUACUGUUCAAUAUGCCCUUCUGCCUAAUAAACCUGUAUUGGAUGAUGUUGACCCAGAAUAUGGACUGCAUGACUAUGAUCUGCAUCUUGAUAUGCAUGGUGGAAGCUGCACCUACCUGUGUGGAACAUUCAAGAGCCUCUCCUGCAGAAAAGGUGACAUUGAAAAUGGAUAUUUGAGGCUCACAGUUGUAAGCUUAAAAAAUAAUAUGAAGCACUUGCCUCUUACUGGAACAGUUGGCUUAUCCUGGCAAACAGAUGCAUUUAAAGGCAAUGUACAGGACUGCUACGUGAUGGAUGUUACUCUCUUGGAUGCAACUGGAAAGCCGUUCUGGUGUUUCAGUGCCCCGGUCUACAUGGAACCGUCUUCCAAGGCAUCCAGCCUUUAUGAGUACAUGGGCCAUAUCUAUACCACAGACUAUGCAGAUUCAGAGGGUAAAGUCUGUGUUGAGUUGAUACGGUUAGAAGAAACGAAGGAGUAUUUUAUAGUCAAUUUCGUACUUUAUAUAAGCACCAACAAGGUAAAUAACUGGUAUGGAACAAAUUAUUGA